GAGGCCCUGGAUGCUUCCCACAACCUUCGAAAGCUUCGCUUCAGGAACUUUGGCGUCCUCCAGAAGCUUCGAAAGCUUCACUUCAAACCUUUUCACAGCCUGGUCUUCGUCAAGGGAGAGUCGUAUCGGGACGCUGGCCGGGUCGAGGGGCAGCGCUACCCCUUCGUUACCCCAAAUUGCUUUGCGUCGAUGGUUUCCGUGCUGGCAAACGAGGAUCGCAGAUGA